AGACAGUGGGAGAUGAGGGAUGCUCCUGUGGACGGCUCUAGAUGUGCAUACUUGAGUUCUCAUCUGCAUUUAUCUCCCAGCGAGAAGGCAAUGCUAGAUCGCAUCAUAACGUUGCCCCCAUCCGCUAAGCUGUCGACACUGCGGGGCAGACGCAGCAGAUCCGCUCGUCAGUGGAGCUCACAGGGCAGAGAUAGGAAAGGUAGGUACCAGCAGGGUUUCAGGAUGUCUUCUCAGAAUGCUCUGAUUGGCGUUCUCACGAUAGACAGUCUGCUUGUCCCUUCUUCCUCCGACCUGAUCCAUGCCUCUGCAUGGGCCAUACCGGGGAAUCAUGGUGGUGGCCUAUGUGUUUUGUCGCUGAUAAGAAGGAACGAUCGGUCGGCAAUCCCCCGAGCAGGCUUAAGGUUGCUGAACCGAUCCGGAAGGCGCCAUCGGCAAUGA